UUUAGUCCUGGCACUGAGCACAUGCUGCUUCUCAACAAUAGCUCUCAGUGCUCAUUGGUCAGAAAGUGCUGCCGCAUGGAGAUGUAACAGGAGCUGCAGCCAACAAGCGCUUCACAUGCAAACUUAUGGUCUGUACUAUUUGCCUGAAGCCUGAGACCCUUCAGAUGCGACUGAACAAUUAAAUGGUCUAUAUUCACAAACGACGAUCUUCUGGGUGCCUGUAACUACUUGACGUGUAUAAUUAGGUGUCAUUCUUAAAGAGGAUAUCCAGACUGCCAGCAGUCCCUUCUACUGUAUAGAAAGUGGCUAUACCAGCUGCCAGCAACUGAAGUUCGCAAAGAGAGUAUCUCAGUUGCCAUAACUGUUUCACUUCCUAAAUAGGAUAUCCCAGAGGCUAAUAUCCAUACAACGGCUUAAAGACAAAGAAAAUUCUGAUGUCAGGAGCCCCUUGAUUCAACUAAAGGGUCGGUCUGUGAAACCCCAAACCCACAGAGGAUAUCCUUGUUGUUACUAACACAUUAACUGCACAUAGAGGAUAUUCCAGCUGCCAGAGAACCUGUGACAUUUUAACCAGUUACUCCCCAAAGGGAUAGAUUUGCAACCAAUAGCAGCUGUACAAACUGCAGACUAAUUGUGCAUCAUCCUCAGCACAAAGGAUUUACUUGAAGCCAGAACUCCACGCGUCUAUUCUACCAUCUCUAUCACCAACAGGAACUCACUACAUUUAGAGAUGGGUUCUGUUCUAAGCAACGAAAGCAGCAGAGAGUCAAACUCGCAAGCAAAAGAUACCAACAUAAGUUUUGAUUGUGCUGUGUGCUUGGAAGUGCUCAACCGACCCACCAGGACACGCUGCGGACAUGUGUUUUGUCAAACUUGUAUUAAAGCGAGUUUGCGCAAUAAUGCUUAUGCAUGUCCGUACUGCCGGUCUCACUUGUCUUCUGAAGGAACUCCAGCAUCUGACAUAGUCAAGAAAAUGAAAACUGUUUUUCAGAACUGUGAAGAAUGUGAAGAAAAGGUAUGUCUGAGUGAAAUGAGGGCGCAUUUAAACACAUGUGAACCAUAUCUUACAAAAUAUGGCCCCCUAGAGGAACUGGGAAGAACACCAUGCAGAGACGAUAUGUUUGCAUGCCCAUUUUGCAAUGUGGAGCUCGAUGAAGAUGGUCUUGUGCAACAUUGCAUCACCUAUCAUAGCACAGAGAACAGACUGGUGGUGUGUCCAAUCUGUCGCCUAAUGCCUGGAGGAGACUCAAGUUACACAAAGAGCUUUGUAAAGCAUCUUCAUGCCAGACACUCCAUAUACUAUGAAAAUUAUAUUGAUAUAAACAUAGUGGAUGAAGCCCUUAUUGAAAGAGUCUUAGACUUUUCCCUCGUGCAAUACAUGAGAAAUUCAAACAGAUCCUAACGCAAACUAAAUAGACAAGAAAGAUGGUGAAUGUAUCUGUUGUUUAUAAGAGUUGGUGAUGUAUUUUUUGGCCUACACAUCAACAUUUUUAUACAGACACUGUAUCACUAAGUCUUUUUUUAUAGUAUUAGAGAAUUAUUUAAUGGAAGCUAGUAAAUAUUAUUAAACAGAAAGAAACGUAAGUAAUUUACUAUAGAAAGCGCACUGGUGCACUAAAUGUUGCACAAUUGAAAUCCUAUUUCAAAUCAAGGCUUCUUUAAGAUGUGUAAGUUCAUUGAUAUCUAAUGGAUUGCCACUUUUGUGAAAUUAUUAUCAUUUAUACUGUAACCCAAAGUGACGUUUCAUGUAAAAAAAAUUAUGCUACUGAUCUAGUGUUACUAUCUUAAAGUUUGGACCAGCCAUAAUGGAUUUAAUAUAGUUAUGAUAUGAUUAGUGCAGCUUUUAUAAUGCUUGAUCUAUGUUUUUAAGGGCUAGAAAAACAGAGGUAUGUGGAUUAAAUCUGUUCUCAACAAUGCACAGUUUUUGCAGCUAAGUCCAAACCCAACACUGAACUCUGUAAUUGACAGUCAACUAAUACACACCUUUAGCAAAUAUAGCAUUAUUCAAUAUAAGGAAGGUAUGUAUGCUUUCCUGCUAACAGACAGAUAUUAUAGUUGGUAAGAUUAAAAAACAUAUAAAAUAGAUAAAUAUAUUUUGCUACUAUAUUCGUUUUACCUAAAUAUUAAAGUUAGUGGCAAUUUAUAUUCAAAUUUCCAUUUUUAAAAUCACUCAAAUUAUAGGAAAGUUGGUAUGUUUGCUGUUUAAAUAACAUCUUGAUUCCUCUAGACCUGAAGCUCUACACUAUGUGAAUAUGAUAGAUCUCAAUUCAUUUUCAGAAAUUAAAUUUAAAGGCAGCUGACCCAUCCACCUCAAGAGUGAGCAUGACGGCGAGCUUGGAAUACCCUAUGGAAAAAGCUAAGAAUCAGGAAAAUGAGAAAAAUGUAAAUGCAAGUACAUAUUAGAGACUCUAGCUAGACUGAAAUAAACACAAGAAGAAUGUAAAGGAGACAAUUUAGGAAAGUAAUCAGUGCAAGUGAGUUAAAUGUUGCAGGUUUAGAAAAUGGAUUCCAUUUUAGCAAAGUUAAGUGUGGUAGUUAUAUAAUAAUAACAAUAUACAACACUCAUAAUAAAGUUGACUUCGCAAUUUUAGUGGAAUAAGCCACAAACAUUUUCACCAGAAGGUCACAUCUCUUAUAAUGAUAUUUUAAAAAUUUGGAAGGUAAUUAAUUGUAUUUAAUACUAGCUUUUAGAGCAAUUUCUCUCAGACCAACUUUGCCAAGCUCUAUUGAACAGGGUUCUCCAAACCACAGGUUGGGACCCAUUACUGGGCCAUGACUUGUGUGUGUGUUCUAGGAGAGUGUGUGUGGUGUAUGUCUGUGUUUUGUAUGAGUGUGUUUGGUGUGUGUUAUGAGUGUGUGUUGUAUGAGAGUGUGUGUUUUAUGAAAGUGUUUGUUGUGUUUGUGUGUUGUAUGAGUGUGUGUGUUUUGUAUAAGAAUCUGUGUGGUGUGUGUUGUAUAACAGUGUCUGUGUUGUAUGAGAGUGUAUGUGGUGUGUGUGUUGCAUGAGAGUGUGUGUGUUGUGUGUGUUAUUACAUUUUACAACACUUUCAAGUUUGACUACAAUCAGGAAUAAAGUAUGCACCCAUUUAAGUCACUUUGCCAAAAAUUGCAGCUAUCUUGAUGUAUAUUACUUUAGAAUUUUUCAGACCAAGCAUAAAAAUAGGGUUGCGAAGGUAUGUGGUAUCAUUGAACUGGGUCUUAGGUAAAAAAAGUUUGAAGAACGCUGCUAUAGAAGACAUCAUGUCCAUGUUAGACUGACAGUGACACAAAGGGAAAGGGACAAAAACUGGCAGAAUGGUGAGCUACUAAAACACAAUCUCACUUAUAUAGAGUAGAAACAUUUAUUAAAGUAUUAUUAGAUAAGUAGACAGUUGGGUAAUUUGAUCAUUAAUUAAUAUACAGUUAUUAAAUGCUUGGUAUUGUAAUCAGCACUGGGUCAUAAUCUCAGAAUGGCCAUGGGCCCCUAGAAACAUUAAGGCCUUAACAGUGAAACGCAAUCAUUGCACAGACUUGUCAUACUUACUUUACACAAUUCUCUGAAAAAAUUAACGCACAUGUGUAGUAGCAACAUAAUAUGCCAUUUUCAUCUCGUGAGACCUAUACCUAGUUUAUAUAUAUUGCUAGGUAUUUUCUUAUCUCUGAGAGUGAGUUGAGAGCACUUCAGUAGUUCAUAAAAUGUCAUUGUCGCCCUGCAAAUUAAUUAAUAUUAUUAUAACUAACGAUUUGGCACCAUUGUCACUGUUUAAGUUUAGAAAACAUUAAAAAGUAGGAAAUAGAAUGUUGCUUCUUAUAGGGAACAUGUUAUGUGAAUAGUGAAUUAGAAAGAAAGGUAACAUACGGCUAGAUUAUGAGUGGUGCACUAACUGUAGCGCAAGUGCAAUAUCGUGUUUUUUUAGGCUUCCUAGAGUGUCUUCAGCCUCUCCAGUCUUUAUGUUAUUAAAUAUUAUUCAAUAACAUAAGGACUGGGGAGUCUAGAGAGCCUAAAAAAUGUACCACUCGUAAUCUAGGUGAUAGUGUGUUCUACAUUUAUACUUUUUAUAUAUAUAGAUACUUACAAGUUUAAUAAUCAAGAUGUCAAAAUACAUUUUAACGUGAGGAAAGAUUGGUGAAGGAAAUUAUCAGAGGGCAUUGAUCACGACUGUUUGUAUGUACGUAAUAUAUUUAUCUUCCAUUAGUAGUAAAACAUGUUUAUGAAGAAGGUUCACAAUUGUGUCUUUCUUUGAAGAGUUCUAAAUAUCAUACUCUUCCUAUUUAAAAGCCAUUUCAGUAAUCAGAUAGUUACAGUAAGUUGUUAUGCAAAGUCCUAAUUUGCAUAAUGGCCUACUUGGAUGCCAUGGGAUUUAUUUAUAAUAAGCUAACAAAUGUAAGCUAUAGAAGUAAGAUAUGCAUUCAUAUAAGUGAUUUAUACAAUGCACUGUAAAAAUGUAAAUAAAAAUGUAUGUUUAGAUAAGACAAAUAUUUGUUUUGGUCACGAAAACUCCCCUUUUCUAUUUUCUUUUUAAUCACUGAUUUAAAUGUUUACCUUUUUUAAUGUCUUAUGUUUUUUUUGUAUUUUUUUUUUUUACAUAUUUUUGCAAUGCAGAUUUCAUAUUUUGAAAUUUUGUCUUACAAAAAAAUAAAUAAAAUAAAUAAAGGUGCAUUUCUGUUUACCUUAAA